CCACCACCUCCCUGGGCAGUGCAUUCCAGUGCCUCACCACCCUUUCCGAGAAGUAAUACUUCCUAAUGUCCAGCCUGAAUCUCCCCUGCUGCAGCUUGAAAAGUCCUGCACUGAAUCCUGCACUGCUUCAUAUGUAUGGCAUACACAUGCUAGGUCCAAUGCAUCUCAGAUCAGACUUACGUUAUAAAUAUAGUACAUUAAAACAUUCACCUGGGUAUUUGGACAUUUUCUUCAAAAAUGUGAAAAUGUAGGAAAUAGGCAAUGUUUUAAUAUCUGGGACAGUUUUAACCACAUAUGUAGUGUAAAAAAUAUGCAUUAUCUGGGACUUAUGGUGAUGGCACAUGAAACUUGGCAGGCGUAGGCUGGCUUGUAUCUAUCAUGUUCAGCAGCAAACAGGCCUUGUGCGGUUGCUUCUCAGUACGCAGCUUUGGAGGAUUCUCUAAGACUUUGUUUCAUCCUGGGAAGACAGCAGCUGAACUUAUAUCCAGAAGAGGGACCAUGCAGUCUGGGAGCAGUUAUUCAAACAUGCAGGGCCUCAAGAUUGUGCUUCCCAGUGGCUUAUCCAACACCUCACCCUUUUCUUGCCUAACCUGUGGUCGUAACCCAGAACAGUCAUUGAACAAAUCUUGGUCAAGAGACAGUAUGACUUCCCAGUGGCAGUAAUAAUCCUACAUGACUACUGGUUGUAUAACAGGUCCUGAAUUUCAAGAGCUGAUCCCUGCUCCCCAAGCCAGACUAGUACACUCCAGGGGCCUCUUACUUGGUUUGUAUUGGGCAGCAGUUUUGGAGGAACAAACAAGAACAAACAUGCUGUUUUUGAAGGUCUGUGGUGUCAUUCUGUUGACCACGUAGGUCUAUUGGUUUUCACUGGAGUCAACUGUCAGACCCACAUAGUGAAAAGAAGAGCAGCCGAGAGCAGCAUAUGAAUGUAACUUGAAUUUAUUUAAUUUUUUUACUUAGAUGUUUUCUAGGAUAUACUCCCAAGUCCUUGUUAGAGACCAUCCUAAGUUCUCCAUAUAGCGUUUAGUUAUGCAUUAGCUAAUUGCUGUUAGAUAACAUCUCUCUCUCCUACUUUCACUUUGUCUACACUAAGAGAACGGUAUCUUAAACUAAUGCACUUUUCACUGGUGUCUGGGGACAGUGAUGUUGCUAUAUUACUACUAAAAUCAAUGUCAGUACAUCAGUUUACAUCUGCUGAUCACACACCUGCAGAGUCAGAGACUUCCUGUAUUUAAUUUUGACUUCAGAUAGUUGAGCUCUAUUUUCUUUUCAGUUCACGCUGCAAAGUAGCCCUCACAUUACCUGACGGGAUCUGGCCAGGAUUGGAGGUUCUGGUCCAAGACAGUUCUUAUAAAUAAUGGUUCAUAAAGCUUCAUAUAGCUCAAGAAGCAUUUGGACACCUCUCUCAGACAGGGGUUGGGCUCAAUGAUGCAUGUCUGUUUCUUCCUACUCCGAAUAUUCUGUGAUUUCGGUUUAUGAAAGUGCUUUAUAAUUCAUUCAUGGAAACUUACUAUUUGGAAAAAUAAUUAUGUGUGUCUGAGCAGAAAUCAAACAUGUUUGACACUGUGAUAUAAAAUGAAAUAGUGAGCUGUUGAAGUAUAGCCAUUAAUGGAUGAUGAUGUACUUCCUGGUAGCUUAUUGUUUCUAGGCAAACAGCAUGCACCAAUCAUAGUCAAAUCCAGCAUAUGUGAAAGGCAACAGAGAGCAGAGACUCCACAUGAUUUGCUUAUUAAUGUGCAUGCCUUUAUGGGCAAUCUUAUUUUUUAGUGGCUUUCAGGAGCUACCUUCAGACCAAGAUGUACUGUCUGCUUAUCUUUUCUGAAUAGCAAGCAUCUACAUCAUUCUCUAGAUGAGAUUUUCCCACCAGGCUGUGAUCCAGAGGCAGACCAAAGCAAGCAGCUGUCAAGCCAUGGGCUCUGCCUGGCAUAAGUCACUAUUGUGCUGUACCUGUAGGCUGUACCAGUUUGUCAUGAGGAAGUAGCUCCUGAGCAGGUACAGUCUCUGUAUCUCACUUUCUCAUUUACAGGAAGCUUCUAAUUUGCUAGAUUAGUAAUUCAGUUUGUUUCAAAGAUGAAUCUUCCAUGGUGAGCACUUCAGAUAGCAGUUAUCCUGUGUUCAUUGUGUAACAAACAGCAACAGCAUCAACAGCAAUCAGAUUUUGGUGGUGGCAUGGAGGAUCAUUUAAAAAGCUGCUCAUUCCCAACACCAGAACCUAUAACACAGCUAGAAGACAAAAUUCUCUUCAGGCACAGCUAUGAAUUCAGAGCAAAGCUGUGGAGCUGUUCCAAGGCCAUGAUGACAUGGAAUGAGCUAGCUGGAUCCUGUGUGCUUCCUACCUCCCUCCUCCAUUUGCCUUUGCGCUGGAGGUGGUGUUUGGAGGCCACCUAAUGCCUACAAAUUGGCCGUGGUCAUGAGUUCACUGCUGUGGGACUGUUGGGUGCACAGGGACAGCAGAGAGGCACAGAGGCCUGCCCCACUUCUGUGCUGUGGCUCAGGGAACUCACUGUCCCUUCUCAGGAGAGUCCUGAGCUGAGGGGCUCUCUGGGGAGCAUCCUGCUGCCGCAGUCGGUGGGAGCAGUGUCUGCUAAUAGCAGAGCUAUGGAGUAUUUACAACCCUUCCUGUGCAGAGACAGUUUCUUUGUUUCAGUUAGAUGUGUUCUGCUUUGUUGCAGAGAGGUUUUUGACUUGCUGGACUCUCUUUCUCCUGUGUGCAUCGCAGAGACUUGCAUUUAUGUUUUUGGGGGGUUUGAUCCUUAAAACAGCACUUUGGGAAAGUGCAUGAAUGUCAUGUUUCUCCUCAUAAACAGCUAUUGCAAGGAAUAAUGAUGCUUUGGUUAUACACUGUGGGGAUAUAUCUAAAGGUUAAUCAACUCAUCCAUUCUUAUUUAAAUUCCUCUGCUAUGAAUCUGGUCUAACUUCAGAUUGUCCUCUGUGAAAUUACAUCAGGUUUGCAGCAGUAGCAUUCAGUUUAGUAGCUGACACAUCUUUUCAUUUAACCCAACAUGUGAAAUACUUGUUUUGAAUUGAUGACUCACUGGGAAUUUGUGCAUAUUUCAAACAUAAAAAUGGACACUUAAGAAAAAAAUGUUUAUUUCACCCCCUAAGAAUUUCAUAAACAAUGAGUGGAUCUGAAUCAGCUAUGAGGAUAUCUUAUAGCCUCAAACUGUUGGUUUUCCUUAGUAUGGCUAUCCUUAGAGAGAUCCAGCUUUUAAAAUGAGCCAUGUGGAAAUGAGAAACUUUUUUCUAUCUAGGUAUUAAGUCAAAAACAGAAGUUGCUCAGAGCAUGGAUAGGCCUUCUAGUCUGUCUGCUCUGAUUGUGAUGGCACUGGGAUGCUGGAGGAUGUAGAAGUUUGGCUGAUUGAUGCCAGGUAGCUGCUUUUGAAAUCAGAGUUGCUUUUCCAGAUCAAAUUGUUUUGUUUUUUUUAGUUGGUGAACUCUUUCCGUAGCAAGCAAACUCUUAUGCUAUAACACCCUAGUCCUCAUGGAAAAUAAAGGAACUGAGUUGUUUGCAUUUGUUCAGAUUUUUCUGGACAUAACAUAAUGAAACAGCUAAGCAACUUCAUGGAGCACUGUUGGCAAGCUGGCAUCUUAACCUAUGUUGUUAUUUAUGUCCCUAAGACACCCAGCAUGAGUGGGCUUUAGCUAAUGCUCACCACAUCACCAGUUUUUGAUGCUUGGUAACACCCCUGUUCCAAAGGAUUGUAUGGUCCUUUGUGAAGCAUGAAAUUAAUGACCCUCAUCAGUGACUCCAGUGCAAUCAAUAAUAGGUGUUUACUCUAGACACCUUUUUACUAGCUCUAUUUUGCAAAUAGCUGUUAAAUGAUUAGGCUGUUAGAUUAAACCUGUUUGCUCAGUAGUAUAAGCAGAACUAGGCUGACAAAUGCACUUCACGGCAAUCUGUGUGCAGUAUACCUUUUCAUUGUAAUGUUACAUGCUGCUUUAAACCACCUGUAUAUCUUUGCUAUAUUUUAGGAACUUACACAAGAUAGAUUACAUGGUGAUUUUUGUUUGCCUCCUGGUUAAUCUUCAGCUGCUCACAAAACGAUCACAGUGCUUAAUUAAGCAAGUUAACAUAUUCCAGAUGAAUUCAGUGUAUCUAUAAAUAAAGCCUGUUAAACAAAGACAAGUAGAUGACAAAAUAAACAGAGCUUCUGUUCACACUGAAACAGAGGGCCAAGAGCUCCAUUGAUUUUGCCCAGUGUUAUCAAGCAAUACACUGGGGACUCUGGAGGCUGCUCUGGAUGGAGUGCCAGUCCUCUUAAAUUCACACCAUCCAGAGCAGUUACACUGACAAAGAGGCUCAGCUGUCUUUUGAGAUCAUCUUUAAAAAGAAUGGGUGCCACUGACUGAGCAGAGAACAAAUGAGCGCCAGGAGCAGAUUUCUACUCUGUGUCAGGAGAUAAAGGUAGGAGGGCAGGUUUUAAAAAAUAUGCUUCUUUGUGUUCUCAUUUUAUUGAAAUUUAAACCAAUAUUUGUAAUUAUGGAUGGUGUUCUAAUUUCUUGUUGAAAACUACUUCAAUAUUCAGCUCAACUGGACAGUUUGAAAAAAUCCCUGAAAAUAAGGGUGUGUAUUUGUUAAAGAUAAAUGGUUUCCAGGAGAGGUCAUAUUCUUUUAUGUAUAUACUAUAUAUAUACUAUAUAGUAGCAUUGUCAGAGAGCAGAAAUAAAAUUAUUCAUCUUUUAAACAGAAAAGAAAACAAGAGAUAACACCUUAAUUCUUUCUGAUUGGCCUUAUAUUCAUUUACACUACACUUAAUUUCCUUACCCAUAAAACAAAUGAAGGUCAAAAUGUGUGUUUGUCCAAAAUAAACGCAGGCAGCAAAGCCCUAGAGCAAAUGAGUUAUAUUAAUGGUGUCUGAAUUGCUGUACUUUUUGGACUUAAACGAUUGUGUUAUAUGAUAAUGCUAAUGCUACUGAACAGAAUAUGGUAAUGUUCUUUAUUUGUGGUGAUAAUAAUAUUUUUCUCUUAAUUAAAGGAAAACCACAGUGAACAUUGCUCGCCAAGUGUUAGAAUACUUUCAUGUACAAUGCUUUUGUAAAAAACCCAGCCUUGUGAAACAGAUGAGUUAUUGAGCACACAAAAGAUGCUAAUAAAGAAGCAGGUAAAUGUUCAGGAAACAAUUCUCUGUGUCCUUUGCUAAGACAGUAUUAACACAGCAAUUACACACAAGGAUGCUAAAUCUGUUCAAGAAAUCUUUAGAUAUUUAGAUAGGAAAUAUUGGUGGUAAGUGGAUGACUGGACUGGAUGAUCUUGGAGGUCUUUCCCUGCCUUUGUAAUUCUAUGAUUCUAAACUACUACCACUGAAAUAAAACAGAGUCUGUCAGUAAAGAUGUUAACUUAAAUAUCAGCUAAUGCUUCAAAUUAGUCGGGCCAUUCAGUUACAUUUUAGCAGUACAAGGUCAGAAAACUUCAUUUCUCCACUCAGAUUUCUUUCUUACAUGCCUACUUACAGUUAGAUCCUAUAAGAUUUUACAGUAUGCCUUGAUCUAGCCAGGCAAUUACAUGUAUCUGGAAACAAGGGCCUCAAGGAAAUAUUUUGGCUUUGCCAGGUGAACAGCAGGUUCAGCUGCCUCAGUGAGGACAGAGCUGGACUACUAUUCUGGUGUGGGGACCCCCAGCUUUAUAGUUUAUUUUAUCAAAUGAGGUACAUGCUUCGAGGGAAGUCUAAUGAUAAAAAUCUAGUUCUGUCAGAAGUUGAAUUACAAAGUAAUUUCAUCCCUCAUAAAGUAAGGAAUGUGAUUUUCCUACACAUUCAGCUAGUUGAAGGUGUUCAUGAUUUCCCUUUUUUGUCUUCUUGCAGCUACCCUCACAACAAAAAGAGGAAACAGCUGUAAGUUUACCUCAGCAUUAGGACAAGUCUGUACCUCACUGCAGUGUGGAUUUGAUACCUCAAUAAGGAUGCAGCUGUGUUGUGAUUCUGUAAAUGGCUCUUGCGUGAAGAGCAAUUGGUCAAACAGUAUCCGUAUUUCCAUGUAUAUCUUCAUGGUUUGCAUUAUUCUGACCACAGUAAUUGGAAAUCUAAUGGUUAUCAUCUCAAUAUCACAUUUUAAGCAGCUCCACACGCCUACCAACUUCCUGAUAAUUUCCAUGGCUACAGCUGACUUUCUGCUGGGAUUCCUCAUCAUGCCUUGCAGCAUGGUGCGCUCUGUUGAGCACUGCUGGUAUUUUGGCGACUUCUUUUGCAAGAUCCACACAAGCACAGAUAUUAUGCUGAGCACGACUUCCAUCUUCCAUCUUUCCUUCAUAUCCAUCGAUCGUUACUAUGCUGUGUGUGAACCUCUCAGGUACAAAUCAAAGAUAAAUGUUUUUGUUAUCCUGGUCAUGAUAUUGGUAAGUUGGACUGUCCCUGCUGCUUUUGCUUUUGGGAUGAUCUUUCUAGAACUAAAUUUGUUAGGGGCAAAAGAGAUUUAUAAUCACGUAUACUGUGCAGGAGGAUGCUUGGUGUUCUUUAGUGAAACUUCAGGUGUCAUCACCUCCAUAGUGUCUUUUUACAUCCCUGGAUUAGUUAUGCUGUUUGUCUACAAGAAAAUAUACUCCAUAGCUAAAAGGCAAGCAAGAUCCAUUGAUGCAGUUAGCAAAAGGAAGAAAAGAUAUGAAACAAAGCAUAUUUUAUUCUUCAGAGAAAGAAAAGCUGCAAAAAAAUUAUGCAUAAUAAUGGGAGUGUUUCUCAUAUGCUGGAGCCCAUUCUUCUUCUUUACAGCAACUGACCCAUUUAUGAAUUACGCAGCACCGCCUAUGCUCGUUGACACUUUGGUUUGGUUUGGUUAUUUAAAUUCUGCAUUUAAUCCCAUUGUUUAUGCAUUUUUUUACAUGUGGUUUCGCAGGGCAUUGAAGACUAUUCUGUUUGGAAAUAUUUUUCAACAGGACUCAUCAAGGACUCGGUUGUUUUUAGAGUAACAUCCUUUACAUGGCUGGCUUCAUGGCACUGAGAUCUGCCUGCAGCUCCAGGAGGCAAGAGCUGAAAAUGACAGAAAAAGCACCUAUUUCUUUGCUCACUUAUCAAAUUUGGUUCAAGCAGAUAAGUGACUACUUUGUUUUAUGUCUCCUUUCAUUUUAGACCAGGAAUUGUAGGUAUGUAGUGUUUUGAUAAUAGCUAUGACAUAUGCAAGAAAGCAAUGUUGGAGCAAUGUAUUAACUGCUUUUCUUCACGAGGAAGUGGUUCUUAAACAACAGAUUUAAAAAACAAUAAAUAAUAAUAAUAAUAAAGCUGUAUAUUUGCCAUCCUCUAGAACUAAGAGAAAAACCCUUCAUUUUUCACUUUUUAGAUGCCUUUGAGUAAGAUCCCAAAGCUUUUAUGUUUUUCCCCUCCCCUUCAGUAUGUGUACAGAAGUCAGAAUAUCCUAAUACACAGCCAUGUCAGUACACUCCAGGAAGGCAGGAUGAGACAAGGAGAAGCCAUGCUGUUCCUUCUCUUUACAAUUCAAUUAGUGCUUCACACUUUUGUGUUUGUUUCUUACAGGCUUUGCUGCUUAAUGAGAUCAAAAUCAUUUUUAAUGAAAUCUAAGAUGUGGAAAAUAUGUCAUAAGAAAUGAAAAGCAAUUGUGAAAAGAAUUUCUGAAUCUGACAUUGCCUGAAAAUGAUACUUUCAUAAUGAAAACUGCAUGUAAAAUAUGCUAAGAUGUGCCUCUUUCAACACUUUUUUUGGCUUGAGCAUAUUGUUAUUUUAUCUGACAGCAAUACUGUGACAACCAGUUAGGAAUCUAUAUACAGAAAUAUUACAGAAAUGUUACAACUGGCCCAAAUAUAGGGUGAGUGGGGCAGGGUGGAUGUGGGAGAACUGUGAGGAGUGGCAGAAGAAGGGCCAUAGGAAUGGCUUGGGGUGAAGAUACCUGGGUUGGCAGACUCUCAAGAUUACAUCUGUGUGUGGCUUCUCUGGACAUCCACCAACCACAUCAGGACUCAAAGGACAGGGAAAUAAGUCCAAACCUAAAACAUGGUCACCAUCUGAAGAAGACCCACUGGCUGUAAUUUUCUCUAAUUUUUUUUUGCCUAAGACCUGGCUUUGCUAGAAGCAACAUAUCACCAAACAGAAGGAAAUAACCCCUCUGGCCUGAUCCAGCACAUCUGGUUGGAGCAUGAAGGACUAACUCUGGAAAUGGACAGUAAAAGAUUAGUAACUGAGAAGUGCUAUGUUGAAACAGAUGAUCUAAGUAAGAGCUGUGCUGAGCUGUAAAUGUUGUCCUUCAUUCGUGUUGCUGGGAUAAGCACACACUAUAUGAGUAUCUUCUUUUUUUGUGCUCUUAGAGCACUGACGUACUCUGCACUGUACAGCAUAAGAGUUCAACUAUACUACAUAGAGCACUGACGUACUCUGCACUGUAGAGCAUGAGAGUUCAAUUAUACUACAUUUUAGCAGAGUGAAAAAAGAAAAAAAAUGCAGGAUCUGAUACUCCUUUACAAUGUUAUUGUGUAAGUUAGUACACUCCGAAAUGACAGGAACAGUGACUGAUAUAUGCAACAUAUCAGCUUUAUACCAUGGAAGAUUAUCCUUAAUUGUGACAACAUGACUAUUUUAAUACUUUACCUCAGAUAAAUAAAGUAAUUUGAGAUUAAAAAAAUCUAAUUUUCCAAUAAAUUAA